AACCCUGACAGUGGUUGGUUAUUUACAAAGUGAAUCAGAUUAGUGGUGAUUAACUAAUGUUAUAUUAAACUGUGUAUACGUUCUUGGGUAGUAUUUGGGUGAGUGUAGUCAUUGCAUAUGGGCAAGGUUAAUAGUAAAUGUCCGUGUUUGUGCAGCGUGCCCAGAUGGUUCAUAUGGUACCAACUGUGCCUUCGAGGGUGGAUACUGUUUUGAUGGCGUCAGCUGUAGUAGGACAAAUGGAAUAUGUCCUGAAGGAUGUGCUGCAGGAUGGAUUAAUGACGGCACAAUGUUAUGUCAACAGCCAUGUCCAGAUGGUUCCUAUGGUAUCAACUGUACCUACGAUUGUGGAAACUGUCUGGGCGCAGACAUCUGUGACAAAACAAACGGUGCCCGUCAUUUAGGAUGCGCAGCAGGAUGGCGGAGUAACACAACAUGUCUACAAGCAUGUCCAAAUGGUUCCUAUGGUAUCAACUGUGCCUCGCAAUGUGGCAAAUGUCUGGAUGGUGUAAGCUGUGACAAGAGAAACGGUGCCUGCCCUGGAGGAUGUGCAGCAGGAUGGAUUAAUGACGGCACAUGUCUACAGCGUGAGUAA